UCUCAAGAUACCACCUUCAUUAUCGUGCCCACGGCUGACAAGGAAGCGCAGACGGUGGCGGAGGCGUUCACCCGGGAAGUGCUGACAACGUUUGGGGCAUGCGCUGAAAUAGUGACGGACCGGGGGGGAGAGUUCGGGGGUGUCUUUCAGGAGUUGCUCGACCGGUCUCACAUAGACCACCGGUCGACCUCGUCUCACCACCCGCAGGCGAACGGGCUCAGCGAGCGAAUAGUGGGGGUGGUCAAAGGGGCGUUGCGCAAGUGGUGCCUUGGGCACGCAGCGGAGCAAUGGGACGUGUACCUGCCCUGGGUCGCAAUGGGGUACAGGUUCAGCGCGCAGGCGUCUCUCGGGGGGUUCUCCCCGUACAUGCUGCUCUUCGGACGGGAACCGGUGUUGCCGGGGACAGUGCGCGCAGCGCUGGAGGAGCCCCUGGAUCUCGACCGGCCCGACAGGUUGCGGGCGCUGGUGGCAGAGCGCGCAGCGCUGUUCCGGAAGUGGGUUCCCAUGGCCAUGGGAAACAUGCAGAUUGCGCAGCACCGCGAUACGCUGCGGUACGCCAAGACCCGCAGUGGCGCAUGGAAGCCCCAGAUCCUCAGGUACGCGGUUGGUGACUACGUCUACCUGCAGCGGGAGAUGCUCAACACCCUGGACAGCCGAGCGGGACCGCGGAUUUUGCGGGUCAAGCAAGUGAGAGCCGGGGGUGUUUUGGAGCUGGAGGGAGCGGACGCGCGGACGGUCCGGGUGCACAUGGAGCUGUGCGCUCCUUGUCACAGAACCGACAUCGACGACCGGCAGGAUGCGCGCUUGGCGCGGCCCACAGUCGACUUCGCGUGCACGGAGUGUCGGCGGGCUGACGACGAGGCCUCGAUGCCGUUGUGUGACGGGUGCGGGGCCGGCUGGCACACGAGAUGCCUGGUUCCUCCGCUGGCGGCGGUUCCGGAGGGCGAAUGGUUUUGCCCCAGGUGUCAGGCGGCACAGGCUUUGAUUAGCCCGGUCGGAACAAUAGAGUGA